UGCAAAGUUCCACGAACCCCCCCUGAUCCUCCCACCAGCGACUCUUUAAGCUUGGCCCAAGUCGCUAAGUUGACCCGCCGUUGCUGUGGACUUUGCCCUUUAGGCGCCUUUUUUUGUUUUCGCGCGAAACUCCCGAGGACCUGGGCCCCGACCUUUCGACCCUGCCGCAAAAGAAAUUUGUGCUUGCUUGCUUGCUACUCCGUACUACUCUGCUAUCUGCUGGACUACCACCUCGUCGACCCGCUGUCACCUUUUUGUUUCUGUUGGGAUCGCUUCCGAUCACCGUUUCUUAUUUCCCUUUUCCCUUUCAAACUGAACGUGUCUCAGGAUCAGAGUCCGUCGUUAUGGCUUCAAAGUUCCUAAGAGAAUAUAAGUUGGUGGUCGUCGGAGGUGGUGGAGUUGGAAAGUCUUGCUUGACGAUUCAAUUAAUCCAGAGUCACUUCGUGGAUGAAUACGAUCCGACAAUUGAAGAUUCCUACCGCAAGCAGUGUGUCAUCGACGAUGAGGUCGCUUUGUUGGACGUGUUGGAUACUGCCGGACAGGAGGAAUAUUCGGCAAUGCGUGAACAAUACAUGCGAACCGGAGAGGGUUUCCUUCUGGUCUACUCGAUAACAUCUCGCCAAUCCUUCGAAGAAAUCAUGACCUUCCAGCAACAAAUCCUGCGCGUGAAGGACAAGGACUACUUCCCUAUUAUCGUCGUUGGAAACAAGUGCGAUCUAGAGAAGGAGCGAGCCGUGACGGAACAAGAGGGCGAGGCUUUGGCCCGUCAAUUCGGCUGCAAAUUCAUUGAGACGUCGGCGAAAUCCCGUAUCAAUGUUGAAAACGCUUUCUACGACCUUGUCCGUGAGAUCCGUCGCUACAACAAAGAGAUGUCGUCGUACCCAUCAGGCUCGGGCGCAUUCGGCUCCCGCGCCCCCGAAGGCAAGAUGGACGUGAGCGAGCCCGGCGACAACGCCGGCUGCUGUGGAAAGUGUAUUGUUAUGUAAUUGGGGAGACCCGGACGUUGAACUUAAUACCAUAGGAUUUUACAAGGCGCGCACAAGUCGAACAUACGAAAGGAUACAAAAGAACCAUGAAUAAGAGACGGAAGACGAGAAAACCACAAAAUUUUGUCAUUCGACUAUACACAAACGGCCGACCGGAUGAUCGCUUGGACACGAUUGACUUGUCGACGCGUUUUGGAUUGUGACUUUAUACCAUACGAGGCCGCUAUCAGAUGAUGUCUUCUUCACCACCGAAUUU